AGGGUCAGGAGCAGCUGGUCGGCCGGCUCAAGCGGAGUUCGUUUAUUUUUCAAAUCGGAUCUGAGAGACGGACGCGGGGCGCCGGGAGGUCGGGGAUUAGGGCCUUGAGACCAGGUUGUGAUUCGGGUCCUGAGUUCCAGUGGGGUAUUGGGGCCCUCAGGUCCAGUGGGGUAAUUGGGGACCUGAGUUCCAGUGGGGUAAUUGGGGUCCUGAGUUCCAGUGGGGUAAUUGGGGACCUGAGUUCCAGUGGGGUAAUUGGGGUCCUGAGUUCCAGUGGGGUAAUUGGGGACCUGAGUUCCAGUGGGGUAAUUGGGGUCCUGAGUUCCAGUGGGGUAAUUGGGGUCCUGAGCUCUGCGGGUAAUUGGGGUCCUGAGUUCCAGUGGGGUAAUUGGGGACCUGAGUUCCAGUGGGGUAAUUGGGGUCCUGAGUUCCAGUGGGGUAAUUGGGGUCCUGAGCUCUGCGGGUAAUUGGGGUCCUGAGUUCCAGUGGGGUAAUUGGGGUCCUGAGCUCUGCGGGUAAUUGGGGUCCUGAGCUCUGCGGGUAAUUGGGGCCCUGAGUUCCAGUGGGGUAAUUGGGGUCCUGAUCUCAGGGGGUAAUUGGGGUCCUGAUCUCAGGGGGUAAUUGGGGUCCUGAGUUCCAGUGGGGUAAUUGGGGUCCUGAGUUCCAGUGGGGUAAUUGGGGUCCUGAGUUCCAGCGGGGUAAUUGGGGUCCUUUGUGCUGGAGGUAAUUAUACUUUGCUGCUGUAGUGGGUAAUGGCAGGUUUUGGGCCAGGGGUUGCCCUGUAUGGAUUUUAUUGACGGGUACUGGGAGCUGCGGAGAUGAAGUGCCUCCUGAUUGCCAGUGAGAGUGCCCAGGUCCUCUUUUACUGGACCGACCAGGAAUUUGAGGCAAACCUGAGGCAGCGAUUCGAGAAUUUGGUGGAGCAACACAGAGAGAGAUCCCCAGCCUUUGAGGACAGCAUAAACACUUUAUUUGCACCAUUUCUCAUUUCCUGCAUAACUCUGAAUGAGAAGAUCUCGGACACGUACACCUCUGUUGUCAGUGAAAAUAACUACCUCUUCAUAGUGCAUCAGUUUGGGGAGUGCACAUAUGUCGCAGUGAAUGGAGACGGUUCAGAGAACGAAGAUGAUCUGAGACGGAAAAUUUUUGUGCUGAAGAAGAUUAUUGAUGUAUGUUUUGGCCUGGUAACGCUGGAUACCAACAUCCUAAAGAAAAAAUUGCGGCCUCAAGAUACAGAACAACGGUGCAAAGUUUGGAAGAUGUUACAAAACAUGCUAAUCACGUACAGCCACCUGAGGGAGGAAGACCAGAGUUUCCUUGUGGAGGCUGUGGAACGCCUGAUCCAUCCCCAGUUGUGCGAGCAGUGCAUUGAGUUUCUGGACCGACAGGUGGUACAGCAGGUAAACAGCAGCAUGGAGCGGGCUAACGAAGAAGUGGUACACACCUUCAUUCUAGUACACACCAAGCUCCUGGCGUUUUUUUCAAGUCGUAACGCCAGCUCCCUGAGACCUUCAGACUUGCUGUCACUCAUUCUGAUUGCUCAAGAUAUGUACCCAAGUGACAGCAACUUGGAAGCACUAAUUGUCAAGGAUUUGGAGAAUACCCCAGUAACUGAAGAAGUUUAUGCCCCUGAGCUGUCAUCUGGUGCACAAGGAGGAGGAGAGUCAGUGGAGAGCAGUUUGUACAGGUCCCAAUUCACCGGCUCAGUGGUGCAGGUUGCAGAAGACAGCCUGCAGGCAUUUGAAUCGUUUCCUUCAGGGAGUUCUGUCCCCAAAAGAGUUUUCCUCGAUGCCAACUUAAAGGAUAAUUACUGCCCCAUGAUGCCUCACAACAUGUACUGCAUGUCACUCUGGCCUGGGAUCUCACUGGUUCUGCUUACAAAGGUUCCCUCCAGUCACAUUGCGGUGUCUUUGUAUCAGCUGUUGGAUGCAUUCACAGUUCUAGAGGCCAAACUAAGUGAUGGACAGGAGCUUGGGCACACUUCUCGCAUUUACCCUAACAUGCCUGAUCUACGGCAGAGGAUGGAUAAAUUCAUAAAAGCUGUCGGAGUCCUGAAGCGACAGGUAAAGUUGCAGUCUGCCUGGGUGGACUUCAAGAACAAAGCAUUUUCCAAACCUGACAUUGGAAAAUCUCAAGAACUCUUACAGGCCUGUCGGAAUGUGAAGAGCCAGCUGUGCUUAGUGUAUCAGCAGUAUUUUCUGAUGAAACCUGCAGGGGAUUCUCAGCACUUAUCAGUGAACCUACAGACCAAGACACUAAAAAUUGUUCAGGAGAAGCUGAUGGACUGGAAGGAUUUUCUCUUGGUAAAGAGCAAGAGGAACACCACCAUGAUCUCCUAUCUGCGAGAUUUCCCUGGACUCAUUCAUUUCAUCUAUGUGGAUAGGACAGUUGGUCAAAUGAUUGCACCUUCUUUAAACGUAUCAGAAAAAUCCACAGAGCUGGGGAAAGGACCAUUGGCUUCAUUUAUCAAAAGCAAGGUGUGGUCUCUGGUUGGUAUGGGACGCCGUUAUUUGCAGAAGGGCUACACCACACUCACAUUCCGUGAUGGAGACUACUACUGCUGCUAUUUCCUUUGGUUUGAGAAUGAAAGUGGAUACAAGUUACCAGUUAUAGAGCUGCCAGUACUAUCUGAUGACUCUGCUCCUAUUGGGAUGUUGACUGGAGAUUAUUACAGGAAGCUGCUGCGAUAUUAUGCCAAGAACCACAGCUUGGAGGUGAUAAAGUGCUUUGAGCUGCUAACUAUCCACCUGGGUGUCGUUCCUACAGAGUUUGUCAUUCAGCAAUGCAGUGAUCUGGUUCGCAAGUUGUGGGAACCCUCACGUAUCCCUCUCCUCUAAAAUGACAGGAGAAGGAUCACUGGAUGUUUGGAAGAGAUGCUCUUUGUUUGGGAGGUCAGAUAUUAAUGGAGAGGGCAAGUCCUUGGAAAAACGGCUACUCAUGUGACAUAAGGCUUCAUAGUUCAAUUUUUAUACCAAACUGGGGGCGAGUCAGGGACUGUGACAAGAAUCCAAAUCUACGUGACCCUGUAGCCCUGGGUGAGUAAACUUCAAGCUUUGGAAUCUCAGUUGGCUCCUCUGUAUUAUGACAUCCUCAUUGCUGCAAGCUCCACCUGCCAACAGUGUUUCAAAUCUUUACCCUGCGGCUAGUGCUUCUUUAGAAGCAUGGUAUUAGUGAGAAGGGGGAGGGAUUGAAUUUAAUGCUACGAGAAUCUCAGUUUCAUGGUAGCCUGAAUGGCUACCAAUACAUAUUUCCAGUACUAUUUGGUCUUACGUUCAGGUGCCCAACACAUUGUUGCCAUUCUAAUUAACCAUAUGCCCUACAAGGUGGGGAUGCCAUCUUGCUUCACACUAAAACAUCCAAUCAGCAGGAUCCUUUUUUUGAUUCUGCUUGAGUAGCUCACCUUAAUGGAGCAGCAGUAGUGAUGUUGAAUUGGGCCCUGGGCUUGGAAAAGUGGAAUUGGCCAAGCUUAUGUCACCUGAUUGCUAUCACAUGACACUUGGGAAGCAUGUGUAUGUUUUGGGGGAACAGGAUUUUGAUUGUGUGUAAAUGCCUCCUGCCUUCAUGGUCCAAAAGCCACCUUGAUUUAUGAAUAUUGGCCAUUUGGACCAGGCACCCUUUGAACUGUAUCCUAGCAAGAUGCUGUGCUGUCAGGAAGGGUAGGGGGUUGGAGGUGGUACAAGGAGAGGAUGGUGAAGAUUAGGGUGGCACCUCUAACUACAGAUUAACUACAAUAUGGAACUUGCUACCAUGUUGGGUAAUUGAAGUGAAUGGCAUAGAUACUUUUGAGGGGAAAGAACUUGAGGGUAAAGUAAUAGAAGGAUAGGCUGAUAGGGUUUGAUGAAGUAGUGUAGGAGGAGGCUCGUGUGAAGCAUACACACCAGCAUGGACCAAUUGGACCAAAAGGCCUCUUUCAGUGCCGUUAAUUCUGCAUACUAACUUGUCACCAAGUAGAGAUUCCUCUGUGUGAUGCUUUCAACUAACAUGUUAAUCCUUUGAAAAUAAAUUUUUACCUGAAAGCAUUAGCCAAUCUAUAAAAUAAAAUGAGAAAUUUCUAAAACAAAAAACUAAAAAUGCUGGAAGCAUUCAGCAGGUCAGGUAACAAAUGUGGAGACCUGAUGAUUUAACGUUUUGUUUGUGAAGUUUGAUUAAAACUGAAGUUUCUGCUCAGAUAUUACUUCUAUGUCUGGUAAAUAAUACACUAAAUUGUAUUUUCUUCCUUGCAAAUCAGGCUUGAAAGUGGCCCAACAGAACUGCCUUUUGUGCAUAAAGUAAAGGCAAAAUACUGCAGAUGCUGGAAAUCUGAAAACAAAAUAUGUUGAAAAACUCAGCAGGUCUGACAGCAUCUGUAGAGAGAG